UGGCUGGCGGUUUGUCCCCACCACUGUCCGUGUUAGGCGCUCGGUUUCCGUGAAGUCUCAACUAACAUCUCUGGAGGCAACACCACCCGGAGAGAAUAUAAGGGGCAGGCUGUAAAGAGGUACGCUCAUAGACCAAUCAGAGUGCAGCAUUCGAUCAUGCCACCUGGUGGGCAGCCAAUAGGAAUGCAGCGGGCUCUAUAAAAGCGGUGCUCACAAGCUGUUUUGCGCCCUUGAGGAGCAGGGAAGGAAGGCGCUUCAGCGGGAUGGCACGCACCAAGCAGACCGCGCGGAAGUCGACGGGAGGCAAGGCUCCACGCAAGCAGUUGGCCACGAAGGUGGCUCGCAAGAGUGCACCGGCCACUGGUGGCGUGAAGAAGCCGCACCGGUACCACCCUGGUACGGUGGCGCUGCGUGAGAUCCGCCGCUACCAGAAGUCGACUGAGUUGCUGAUCCGCAAGCUGCCAUUCCAGCGCUUGGUGCGUGAGAUCGCCCAGGAUUUCAAGACGGACCUGCGCUUCCAGAGCUCUGCCGUGAUGGCGCUGCAGGAGGCCUGCGAGUCCUACCUCGUGGGGCUCUUCGAAGACACCAACCUGUGCGCCAUCCACGCCAAGCGGGUGACCAUCAUGCCGAAGGACAUCCAGCUGGCUCGUCGCAUCCGCGGAGAGCGGGCUUAGACCCCACAGGCUCCUGAUCCUUGCGUUGCCACCAACCCAAAGGCUCUUUUCAGAGCCACCCACUAAGUCUGAAGAAGUGGUUGUAACCUUCCAGAUCCGGUCUCUUGCGCCCUUGGUGUGCGGACAGCGGGCAGGUUGGCUGGAAUCGGCUUAGCUGCGAACCCUUACCUGUUAACCUGCUUGGUCUGCAGUUCUGUCCCCAGUUUAACUAGUCCUUCGCUUAAAAGGUGUAGUAGCCUGAACAUGGUAACACAAGGUUGUGGUGGGAACUGAGUUCAGCUUCCACAGGCGGCAGAUACACUGCCACAACUAUGGUGUGUGUUUGCAUGGUGUGCUGACUGGAAGUCUGCAUUAACUCAUCCAGUUGUGUUAACCACGCAUUAUUAGAAGUCCAGCAAACUGCGCUUUGGAUGACUUACUUGGUUUAAGAGGCUGGCUACUCCUUUGUGUCAAAAGUUAGCCUUUCUCUUGUGAUGGAAAGCACAGUAAACUUCGUGCUUUAUUAAACUCUAGUCUGUGUUAACUUUGCCUGUCUGUUAGCACGGCUAAGAAAAAAGUUUCCAGGGACACAUCCAGAGGAUCCUGUGUUGUAUA